AAAUAGGAGAAAACUAUAUUGUUUCCUUGCUCAAUCCUGAUUUCCUCCCUGGCCCCUUCAAAUCAGAUUCACUCAAAUAAGCCAAAUCCUAGGUAAAAGCUCAAAGCUUUCCUCUUCAUUCUACAAAACCCACAUUCCAGAAUCUCGUAUAGUUCAUCACGAACAAAACCCACAAAUGAGAAUGGAUUCUAGUAACAGUCAUUAUAAGCUCAUAGCUGUGGGUGAUUACUUGGUUCAUGAGAAGGAGCUGCGUGCAGCUGGUGAUCACAUUCUCCCUCUUCUCUGUGCUGACAUCCAUCUCUUGGGUUACUAGUGGUAUGGUUGCCAAGAGCUAUGUGUACAUAAAGUUCAAUCCUUUCUUCUCGUCCUUCUUCACGCAUACCUUGGGCUUGAAGAGGAAGUACAUGUUCUUGAUCUUCAAUGGCAUCCUUGCUUUCCUUGCCACUUCGGCAUCUUCAGCUUCCUCCACCACCGCCAUUAUCAGAAGCAGCAUUUCGUCACAAACUACUUCAGCUUCUUCUUAUGCUCAUCAUCAUGAUGAGGGCAUAGUGGAGGAGGAGCGUUCAGCUGCGGUUCAUGAAGAUUGUGAUGAGAUUGAUGAUGAUUCUGAUGUGGAAGAAGGGGUUGUUCAUGAAGAAGUGGUUGUUCAUGAAGAGAAGAUGAUGAAGGUUCAAGGUGGGGAUUGUAGAAAUCAAUUUCAGCAACAAGGAGUAGAAAGAGUAGUAGUAGAAGAAGAAGAAGAAGAAGAAGAAGGGUCAGAAGUGGAGGGAGAGGGAGGGAAUGGAUGUAGCACAGAGGAAAUGAACUCAAGGUUUGAUGAGUUGCUUAGGAAGAUGAAGGUAAGGAUGAUGUCUGAAUCUAAACAGCAGAAGCUGCUGCUGCAGAAGCUCAUACCCUUUAUCUAAUUACUGUAACCCAAAUGUGUGUAUUGAAUUAGUUGGAAACAGAUCUGGUUUGAUGUGGA